UGGUUUUAGUUUCACUUCCUAGUUAACAUUGAAGGUGCGGAACCAAGUAAACAAAAUUCCGCUCAGUCCGUUUAACUACACGAAGCAAGUUUCUAAAGUUUGAACAGAUGGCCUCUUUCAUUUUCCGUUUUCUUUUGAGUGAGGAUAUUGAAAUGGCUAAACUUCUUUACAAUACAAUAGCGUCAUUGACUUCUUGAACCUGUAAAAAUCUGUUUUAGCGCGUGCUGAUUUUGUUCAGACCGACUAUGACGGAGCAGUCCAGUUACACCCUGCCCUCGUGUCUGUAAAGAGACUGGUUUGGAUUAUUAUUAGGGUGUUGAUUAACUAACCAGCUACAGUGUCCUGCUGUAAAAUGGGGUCUUUCAAGAAGGUGUCUCACCUGAAUCUGCUGACUUCACACCGCGAGCUGCUGGUGGAGCAGGUGAAGAACACGCAGUGUAUUCUGGACAAUCUCCAGAUCAACGGCUUCAUCUGCACUGAAGACAUCGAGAUUAUACAGCGCCGCACCACCAAAACUGACCAGGUUCGUGCAAUUUUGGAGCUGGUUCAGAGUAAAGGAGAGGAGUGCUCAGCAUAUUUCAUGCACAUACUUCACGAAGCAUACGAUGCGUACAUUGAUCUGCGGCCUUGGUUUGAUGAUAUCCAGUACACGCCAUUAGACACUAUUAGUGCCAUACCAGUGAUUAACACAGACCCAAUUAGCAAGUACUGUGAGAAGCUCAGGUGUGAGCUGGGAAGGGACACUCAGUUCAUCACGUCCUACUCUAAAAGCGAGGAGACACCGCUGGAGGAUCUCUACACGGACACACAGAUGGAGCUCCUCAACGACAGAGGCGAGAGCUUGGGAUACUUGCAGAGUCUGGAAGAGCUACUUGGAGACCAGGGUGUCUUCAACCAGCAGGCCGAGACGAUCUUCAUCACCGGUGACGCUGGCGUAGGCAAAUCCAUUGUCCUUCAGAAACUGCAGAACUUGUGGUCACAAAGGAAGCUGAAGACGCGUGCAAAGUUCUUCUUCAAGUUCAGAUGCAGGAUGUUCAGCGCCUUCAAGGAGACGGACGAGAUCUCGCUGAAGGAUCUGAUUUUCAAACACAACUGCUAUCCAGACGGAGACCUUGAUAAUGAGGUUUUCACUUACAUCUUACGAUUCCCAGAGACGGUGGUUUUCACCUUUGACGGAUACGACGAAAUCCAAAUGGAUUCGGACUUGGAUAAUGUGCCCGAAGUGGUCUCUCCGGAAGAAAAGACUCGUCCGCUUCUGCUUCUCAUGAAUUUGCUUUGCGGAAAAUUGCUCAAAGGUUCUCGGAAGAUUCUGUCGGCGCGAAGCGGCACCGAGAUCCAAAGCAGAGUAAUCCGGAAGAAGGUGUACUUGAAGGGAUUUUCACCUGAACACCUGAAGAGAUAUACAGCUCUCCAUUUCCCAGAGAAGGAACACAGGACAUUGGUGACGGAUCAGCUGGACGCCAACCCUCACCUCUGCGGUCUUUGCUCCAUCCCGUUGUUCAGCUGGAUCAUCCUCAAGAGCUUCAAGCAUCUUCACUCGGUUUAUGAGAACUUUGAAUUGCCGGACUCUUGCAUCACCCUCACGAAUGUCUUCUUGCUCCUUUCUGAGGUGUUUCUUGGCCACUCAACUGCUCGGCCCGGUCUUUUGAAACGAAGCCCGAGGUGUCCCACAGAUACCUUUAAAGCUGGCGAGCAGAAGCUUUCGGCCUUCGCUCGGCUAGCCUUACAGGGUUUAGAAAGGGGUGGACUUGUCUUCAGUAUAGAGGAGGUGACAUCCUGUGGAUUGGACGACGAAGACCUUCAGUUUGGCUUUCUGAGGCCUGCCUCACAUUACGAUGCAUGCGGAGGCUCUGCUACCUUUGAGUUCCUCCAUGAGACCCUCCAAGCCUUCUUAGCUGCUUUUUCUCUGGUGCUGGACUCCAAAAUCUCUCCUGAAUCCAUUCUGAGGUUCUUCUCCAAAUGCGAAUACAAGAAGAAGUCUCAUCUCUCAUGCUUGCCUUGUCUGGGAAAGUCCAGACCCAGAGAUAAAGACCCUUUCCAGACCAACUUCCAAUUCACCAACUUAUUUUUAUGUGGUCUCUUGUCCAAACCCAAUGCUGCACUCCUAGAGCAUAUCGUCCCACCGGCGUCAUUGAACCAAAAGCGCAAGAUGCUCAAGUCCUACCUGUCCAACAGCGUGCGGACUCAUCUUAAGGGCCUCCCUCGGUAUCCGUCUACAGACAUUGAUGGCUACAAGGUGCACGCGAUGCCAAAUUUCUUGUGGAUGCUGCGGUGCAUUUUUGAGACGAACAGCGAUAAUGUGGCCAAGAUGACGGCCAACAGCAUAUCGGCAGAUUACAUUAAGAUCGCCUUCUGUAACAUUUACUCGGCCGACUGCAGCGCGUUGAACUUCGUCCUCCACCACCGUAAGAAGCACCUGGGAGUCGACAUGGACAACAAUAACAUCAAUGAUUAUGGUGUGAAGCAGCUGAGGCCCUCUUUCAGCAAAAUGACGGUGGUAAGAUUUUGUGUGAAUCAGCUCACAGACAGCAGUAUUGAGGUUCUGGCAGAGGAACUCGUCAGACACAAAAUCAUUAAGGUCUUGGGCCUUUACAAAAACCACAUUACGGAUGUUGGAGCCAAACUAGUAGCAAAGAUCAUUGAAGAAUGUCCACACUUAAAGAUUGUCAAGCUCGGCUGCAACAACAUCACCGGUGUGGGUGGGAAAUACCUUGCCAGUGCAAUUCACAAGAGCAAAUCUAUCUUUGACAUAGGAAUGUGGGGUAACUCGAUCGGUGACGAGGGGGCAGACGCGUUUGCAGAGGCUCUGAAGAAUCACCCCAGCCUGACCAAUCUCAGUCUCUCCGCCAAUGGCAUUACUUCUUUCGGUGGAAGAAGUCUGGCAAAAGCACUGAAGCAAAACACAAGCCUUCACAUCUUCUGGCUGAUACAGAACAAAAUCUCGGACGAUGCAGCGUCAGACAUUGCCGAUGCAUUCAAGUCCAACUCUGCUCUAACACAUCUGAUGCUAAUGGAAAACGAGUUGACCAUUCACGGAGCCAAACAGCUGUCCGAAGGCUUGACAAACAACACUACACUGAAGGAAGUCAACAUUAAAGGAAACUGUGUUUCUGAAGAAGAAGAACAACUGUUUGAGGGCGACAAGAGGCUUCGCUUCCGCUAAGAAGAAAAGUAAAACACGUGACAUGAGAAAAGACUGAGAAAAGGAGGAAGUUGGCAUAAAGCCACAAACGUUGGUUUACUUCAAUAACAGAAGUACCAUCGGCUGCGAAGCAAACACUGAUUCAAGAAAUACAGAUGCUGUCAUGAGUUUGACACUAAAGCCAGAACUCAAGAAAUCACAUCAAGGAUGGGAUAUACUAUAUAGAGGAAAAUCAUGAAUGUCAGUUUAUAUAUGUAUAUAUUUAUGAGUUUGCUCUGAAAAGGGUGACACUUGUGCACUUGUAAUGGUGCUUUUUCAGUUCAGAGAAAUCAUUAUUAAUCAUUUUAGUCGAUUAGAUGAUUAAAAACCUGGCAAGUAAAAAUAUCACCACGCUCUAUUUCACACACGCACACAGAAAGACGUCCAGACGAAUAUAUUUAAAGAUCUGUGCUUCAAAGAGUUUGCUUUUUUAAUUUCAUUAUCUCUGUACAGUUUUUUUUCUUUUUACAUGUAUGGAAUGUUACAAUAUCUCUAAAUCAUUAAAAACAAAACAAAAAACCUUUAUGAUCACCUGGGUGGUCACUGUUAACAUACAAACACAAGCUUGUUUGCUUUGCAUCAGGUUCCUCUAAAUUGCUGUAAGGAUGAAUCUAGAUUAGAUAGAUCUUUUACCUGAUGGAGUUUGGUAGCACAUUAAACAUACAAACAGAAAAGACACUCCAUCUUCUAUAUCAAAAGAUCCAGUCGGAUGUAUCAGGGCUCAGAUCUGCUGGAAACAGACAUUUGCACAAAGCAGCAAAAAUAUGAAAGAACAUCAAAAUUAGAAAUGUGAAUUUAUUAUUUACUUAAAUGAUAUGUCAUAAAAGGUGUUUUGCAAGUGGUCUGGUAAGGCUUUUUAAAAAUAGUGGUGUUUCCCAUGUGCAAUGAUGUCAUCUAUCCUCUGAGAAAACCAAAAACGGCAUCUUCCAGCUGUGCUGGUGUGACUACAAUGAACCUGGCUUGGAUUCGCACUGAAACCGGUUCGCAUCACCCUCAACAUACAUGAUUAGCAGCAUUUUAAAGCUAUUAUGGCACCUUCGAUAUGCCGGGCUGUACUAUAGUAAUACUCUGA